GAGCCAUGGAGGCCGGUCCGGACACCUCCCUGUUCCUGGUGAAGAUCCUGGAGGAGCUGGACAGCAAGCGCAGCAGCGUCUCCUACCAGGACCUGUGCAAGUCGCUGUGCGCCCGCUUCGACCUGCCCCAGCUCGCCCGGCUGCGCAGCGUGCUCUUCUACACGGCCUGUCUGGACCCCGGCUUCCCCGCCACCUUGUUCAAGGACAAGAUGAAGUGCCCGGGGAACAACCAGCAGUCCAAGAAGAUCAUGGUGGCGGCCGACAUCGUCACCAUCUUCAACCUCAUCCAGAUGACGGGGGGCGCGGCCAGGGAGAAGCUGCCGGUCGGUGGUGGCUGGCCCGAGGCGCGCCCGAAGGAGGCGGCCCGCGACUCCUGCCGGCCCGGCGACGUUGAGGAGGAGGCCUGCGAGCCGCUGGGCUGCGAGCUGGCCGAGGGCCCGUUCGGCCGGGCCUUCCCCGCCAGGCAGCCGGCCCCGUGCCGGGACGUGGCCUGCGCCGACUGCCCCCAGUGUGUGCCUGUUUCCGAGCCCAACUUCCUGCUGGGCGUGGGGCAGGAGGCCGAGGCCCGGGCCGCCUCGCUGGACCGGCUGCAGGCCCUGGCCCCGUACGGGGUGGCCAGCCCCCAGCCCUGUGAGAUGCAGAGGACCUACUUCCCCAUGACCCUGGACAGCGAGCCCGUCUCCGAUCAGGACUCGCUGCCCGGGCCCCCCGACGUCAAGGGGACCUUUGUCGCCAACGUCGACGGCGGGCCCUUUGGGGUCCAGACCUGCGUCCAGAAAAGGAGUAUCUUCAAGGAGGAUUUUCACAACCUGAUGGCCGUGUCCCCCGGCUUGGUCGGCCCCGCGAACGAGGCCGAGGGGGAGCACGGGGACCCCCAGAGCCGGAAGGAGCCCCCCAAGGCCCCCUUCUUCAAUCACAGCUUCGAAAUGCCCUACCACGGCCGGUACCUGGACGCCGUGUACUCCCCCGUCCCCGACAAGAGGCGGGCCAAGCACGAGAGCCUCGACGACCUGCAGGCGUCCACGUAUUUCGGACCCACGCCCGUGAUGGGGACCCCGGAGGCCAGGCGCUGCCCGGGGGGGAGGCCGGGCAAGCAGACGCCCUGGCCGGCCAAGAGCUGGAGCCUGAACACGGAAGAGGUCCCCGACUUGGAACGGUCCUUUUUCCACGGAAACCCGUCCCGAGAGAAGCUGCGCUACCCCAACCCCGGCAGCCCCGCGCCCGGCUUCCCGGCCCUGGACCAGCGCCCGGCUUACCUCGCGCCGACGACGGAGCCGCAGCCCAUGCUCCCUGCGGGCUACGCGGCCGCGGCCAACGGGCUCCACGCUCAGGAGCUCUCGUCCCCCGUGGACGUGGAGGAGCGCGAGCCGGUGAAAAAGAAGUUCAAGGACAAGGGCAUCGGCUGCACCGGCGGGCAGCUCAGCUCCGACACCAGCAGCGUGGGCACCCAGACGGAGCAGCCGGUGCCCGAGCCCAAGACCCGCCGGGAUCUGCCGGGCAAGUACGGGGACAGGCCCGCCGCGCGGCAGUCGGACGAGGACUCGGAAGUCGUCAGCGACGACAUCAGCGACAUCUUCCGCUUCCUGGACGACAUGAGUGCCAGCGGCUCCACGGGGGUGAUCCCCUCCUCCUGCUACAACAGCACGGGGUCCCUGUCCCAGCUGCCCAAGUCGGACGGCGACAGCUCCCCGGAGCACGGCGGCGGCGGCGGCGGCCACGUCGUAGCAGCAGCCGCCAAGCUGGCCGGCGGCGAGCUCCCCGGCGGCCAAGGAGAAAAGGGCAAGCGGCCCGAGCCCGGCCACCGCUCCGAAGAGGAGCUGAAGACCAGCGUCUGCAGGCUGGUGCUCAGGGUCGGCGAGAUCGAGCGCAAGCUGGAGUCGCUGUCGGGGGUCCGCGAGGAGAUCUGCCAGGUGCUGGGCAAACUGAAUAAGCUGGGCCAGAAGAUGCAGCCGCCCGAGACGGCGAGGGUGCAGGUGGACCUGAACUCCCUGACCAGCGGGGCCGCGUCGGACGAGAGCGCCUCCCCCCGGGUGUUCCGGGCCCGCAGCGGCUCCCGUGGACCCAAAGCGGACAGCGGUGGCGGCGGCGGGGGCGCCGACUGGUGCUGCUCAGACGCCAGCGGCAGCAACAGCGAAAGCCUCCGUGUCAAGGCCUUGAAGAAGAGCCUGUUCCCCAGGCCGUCCUCCCGGUCGCUGACGGAGGAGAACAGCGCCACGGAGUCCAAAAUCGCCAGCAUCUCCAACUCGCCCAGGGACUGGCGCACCAUCACCUACGCCAGCCGCCUGGGCCUGGACGAGGAGGAGGAGGUGGUCAGAGACCGAGGCCCCGGGGAGAGCAAGGACUGGCGUCGGAAACCCAAAGAGGCGGACAGGCAGUACGACGUCCCCCCGCAGCACCGCCGGCCCAAGCAGCCCCGGGACUUCCUCGUGGAGCAGGUGUUCAGCCCGCACCCCUACCCCGCCUCGCUCAAGGCCCAUCUGAAGAGCAACCCUCUGUACACGGACAUGCGGCUGACCGAGCUGGCCGAGGUGCGGCGGGGCCAGCCCUCCUGGGCCGUCGAGGAGUACGCGCGGAGCGGGGGCGACAAGGGCAAGCUGGCAGCCCUGGACCUGCAGACGCAGGAGUCCCUGAACCCCAACCACCUGGAGUACUGGAUGGAGGACAUCUACACGCCGGGCUAUGACUCCCUCCUGAAGCGCAAGGAGGCCGAGUUCCGCAGGGCCCGGGCCUGCAAGCUCGCGGCGCUGGUGGCGGCGGCCGCCUGCACGGUCAUCCUGGUCAUCGUGGUGCCCCUGUGCACGAUGAAGGCCUGAGCGGGA